AUGCCAGUCAAACCUUUGAGCUUCAAAGGUGACAAGAAGACCAAGAAGCGUAAGCAUCGCGAUCAUGAUGGCGACGCACCUUCGAAACCGUCCGGCGUGGACGGUGAAGGGGCCCCUCUCGAUGAGGAUUCCUGGACCACGCCUGAUGCCAUUUCUGAUCUGAGUGGUCCAACCAUUAUCGUAUUGCCGACCAGUCCACCAACAUGUCUGGCAUCUGAUGCGAAUGGCAACGUUUUCGCUUCCCAACUCGAGAAUAUCGUUGAGGCUCAUGCAGAGACAGCCGAGCCUCACGACGUGCGCCAAGUCUGGGUAGCAAACCAGAUUCCUGGGACCGGCCAGAUCAGCUUCAAAGGUAGCCACGGCGGCUACCUGAGCUGCGACUCGAUGGGGAUACUCGGCGCACGCCGGGAGGCCCGCGGUGUUGAAGAGGGUUUCACGGUUGACCUCAUCCAGUCUGAUGAAGGUAGGCUAAGAUGGAUCUUUCAGACAGCAGCCACGAAAACCGACCAAGGCGAAGCCGGCAAACGCUAUUUGUCUGCGGCCACAGACGUCCCGCGCAAGGAGGAAGAUGAAAAGAAGAAGGUGUCCAUCUCCUUGCGUGGGGACGCGGAGGCCGGCGCUUCCACCGCAGAGAUGGUUGUUAAGAUGCAGGCUCGCUUCAAACCUAACCUUCAACGCGACAAGGAAACGAAGGCCAACGAAAAGGUCUCGCGGAAGGAAUUGGAGCACGCGGUCGGCCGCCGACUCGAAGACGACGAAAUCAAACGCCUGAAGCGCGCACGAAAGAAUGGCACGUACCAUGAAGAGAUUCUCGAUGUUCGAGUCAAGGGCAAGCACGACAAGUUUGCUUGA